AUGGCUCUAUUUCAACUGCGCGAGGUUCUUUUCUCGCCAAGAAUUCUUGCCCUGUGCUUUUCUGUGUACCUUAUAGUUGGUGUUCUCUACAGAAUCUUCUUCCACCCUCUUAGGAAGAUCCCUGGUCCUUGGUAUGCGGCAGCAACGUACUGGUACGAAUUUUACCAAGAUGUGAUUCUCAAUGGCAACUACAUCAAGGAGUACCCUGAUCUUCACGCCAAGUAUGGCCCAGUGGUUCGGGUGUCUCCCAGUCGUGUGCACGUUAGUGAUCCAGAUUACUUCAAAGAGGCUUACGGAAGUGGCACGAAAUAUAUCAAGGAUCCCGACUUCUUCCAGAGCGCUGGUGGUAUCAAGCACUCCAUCAUCAUGUUGAUUGAUCCCGAGGUUCACAAAGAACGAAAGAAUACAGUCCAAUCCCUUUUUUCGACCAAACAUGUUGAACACUUGGCGCCUGUCGUUCUGGAUGUUGUGCAGAGAGCAAUGGCAAAGGCGCAGCGUGCCCUCAAGAAUGACCAGCCGAUUAACUUGCAACCAUUUUACCAAUGCAUUACUGUAGGUUAUACCUCAGUCCAGCUACAUGAUCGCAACAUCGAGCUUCAGGGCGUUAUCUGCGGUCUACUGAGACUACAGUUGAAUUUUGUUGAUUCCGACGAAGACGAGCCACCGUUUUUGAGCUUGUUGGGCAAGUUUGUUGACAAGUUCUUCCUCACUAAGCACUUUCCCAUGAUCAGCCACAUUGCUAUGAGUUUACCUCUCAGUGUAGCAAGGACGGUUUUGCCAAGCUACGUCGCUUUUCGAGAGCAAUGCGCCACAUGGAUCAAGGAAGACGAAGAGAAACAGCGCAACGGCAAAAGAAUAGCUGAUGGUCGUAAGACAUACUUCGAUCUCCUUCUGGAAGCAGAGAAAACAAAGAGGCUCCACAAGCUCGGCCAAGAGGCACUCGUUGACGAAGCACUGUCUGUGUGUUUUGGUGGAACUGAUACCAACAGCAUUGCCCUUAGCUUUGGCACAUACUUCUUGCUCAGAAACCCGAAUAAGCUUCAGAAGAUGUUGGACGAGUUGAAAGACGCGCCUACGAAUAUGGAUGGCCUCUAUGAGUAUCAUACUGUUUCCAAACUGCCUUAUCUUACUGCAGUCAUCAAAGAGAUACUUCGGCCGGGAUCCCCAGUGCCUGGUAUCAUUCCCCGCAGAGUCCCUGCCGGCGGCGCUUCCGUCGGAGGACAUUAUCUUCCGGAAGGCACCACCGUUUCACAGGCUCUUCGGCUGAUAAACGUCAACUCGGACGUCUAUUCGGAGCCUGAGAGAUUCAUUCCUGAAAGGUGGCUUGGCAAAGCCGGCUGGGACCUGGAGAAGUACUUUGUGCCUUUUAGCAAAGGCCCCCGAGCUUGUAUAGGCGUGAACAUUGCAUAUCUCGAACUCUACGUGUGCUUUGCAAACCUUUUUGGCCGCUUUGAGAUGGAGCUAUUUGAGACGAACGAGAGCACCCUUAAGUGGGUAGACAAUGGUGUAACGAGGCUGUUGAAGCCAAUGAAAGUCAAGAUCAAGUCGAUCAGAGGCGUGAGUCAGUGA